CAGAAGGAAACACAGCUGAGAGUGGUGAGAGUAUGAUGUUUGGAGUAUAAGUUUAAGUGUGGUUGAAGUAUCAAACUUCAAAGUUGAAUGAUUGUUUGCUGUUAGUUUUGGUGUGGUUUUAUUACUGAAACGUUUGAAGUGCAUCAGAUAAAGCCAUAUCGCAAGCAAGCCUGGCCUCGAGCGCGGAGUCCGACGACGGUGGUCUAUCUCCCCCACCGCGGAAAAAACAGUGUUUUUCUGCAACUAACAUGCAAGCCACCAAUGCCAAUGGCUGUCCGCGACAUAAUGGAGAUUCAACAUCAACUGACCUACAGAAUGGCGCUUGUCCCUCUUCUGCAAAUGGGCAGAUAAAUGGAGAAACAGAGGAUAUAUCCCCAAAGAUCAAAUCACAAACCGAUAAAGAUAUUAUUCGGCUAAUUGGCCAGCAUCUCAGAAGUCUUGGACUCAACCGUACAACUGAGCAGUUAAUUCAAGAAUCGGGAUGUCGUCUUGAUCAUCCAGCUGCAGAAAAGUUUCAGAUGCAUGUGAUCAAUGGAGAAUGGUUUAAGGCUGAAUUAGAUCUCAAUGAAUUAAAGUCUCUGCUAGAAGUACCUCAAGCUCUUGUGGAGAUGAAAUUUCUUCUUCUUGAACAAAAGUAUUUAGAGCAUCUUGAAAACGGUCAUGUGCUAGAAGCACUACAGUGUUUACGAGGUGAACUCACUCCUCUAAAGCACAACACUACUCGAGUUCAUGAGCUCAGCAGUUACAUGAUGUGCAGUACAGGUGAAGAGUUACGGGGCAUGGCCCAGUGGGAUGGGAAAGGAGCUCUCUCCAGACAGAAACUUAUGGAAAAAUUACAAACUUUUCUUCCACCAUCUGUGAUGCUACCUCCAAGGAGAUUGCAAACACUACUCUCCCAGGCUCUUGAGCUGCAAAGAGAUCACUGUCUCUAUCACAACACAAGAGCAAAUGACAGCUUGGAAAAUGAAUCACUGCUCACUGACCACGUUUGCACUAAAGAGCAGUUUCCGUGUGACACAGUCCAAAUUCUCAAUGAUCAUUGUGAUGAAGUCUGGUUCUGUAGGUUUUCCAACAAUGGCCAGAAACUAGCUACAGGCUCCAAAGAUAGUACUGUUAUCAUAUGGGAUAUUGAUCCUGUUACUUUGGAACUGAGACAUAGAAAAACCUUGGAAGGGCACUCUUAUGGGCUCUCCUACCUUUCCUGGAGUCCUGAUGACAACUAUCUAGUAGCUUGUGGUCGAGAUGAUUGCUCAGACUUGUGGGUGUGGAAUGUUGAGACUGGCAACUUGCGAGUCAAGAUGAACAAUUCUCCAGAGGACUCUCUCACGUCAUGUGCUUGGCAUAAGGAUGGCAAAAAAUUUGUUACUGGUGGAUCAAGGGGCCAGUUUUUUCAAUGUGACUUAGAUGGAACUGUUUUGGACUCUUGGGAAGGUGUCAGAGUCCAAUGCUUAUGGUGCCGUAAUGAUGGAAAGACAGUUCUAGCUGCAGACACACAUUAUAGAAUUAGGGGCUACAACUUUGAAGAACUCACAGAUUUUAAUAUAAUUCAAGAGGACCAUGAAAUAAUGUCUUUCACAUGUGACGAUACAGGAAGACUAGCCUUGCUGAAUAUAGCUACUCAGGGUGUCCACCUCUGGGACCUAGAAGAUAAAGUCCUAAUUAGAAAGUUUCAAGGAAUUACUCAAGGCUACUAUUUAAUCCACUCUUGCUUUGGAGGAACUAAUCAAGUUUUUGUGGCUAGUGGAAGUGAAGACAACAAAGUCUACAUCUGGCACAUCAAGAGAGAGAAGCCAAUCGCUGUACUGACAGGACAUACUCGAACUGUUAACUGUGUCUCCUGGAACCCUGCCUACCCAAGUAUGCUAGCCAGUGCCUCUGAUGAUGGAACUGUACGAAUAUGGGGUCCUACAGAACAGUACCGGGUUAAAAGAAAGCACAGAGGUAAAUCUUCAUGCAGCCAGUCCUCAUCGUGUAAUUCAAGUUCAAAUACAGCUGUCUAGCAUCUAUCACCAAUUAACCUUUACGAACUGACUGGCUGACCAACACUGUGUUCAUAUUUUGAAGAACCAUCUUCAGUUUUGGGCUCUCAUCCUGUGUGUUCAGCUUAUUUUUCACCUAAUAAGGACGUUAAUUUCCUUCUUUUUUAAAACAAGGUUCUGAACAUAUUAAUAUUUUCCAGUUUUUGUUGUUUUUUUUACAAACAGAAAUUCAAAGUGUGAAUAAGUUAAGGAUUAAGCCUCAUUAUUUUUUAAUACAAUUUUCUUUAUAUUAAUCAUUUAAAUCAAUUUUUUCAUAAGAAGAACUUGGAUUAUGAGAAGAAUCAUGUAUACCGAUGAAGUACCGGAGAACUCAAUUGGUAAAAACAACUAUAUCUAUAUAUAUAUAAACACACACACACACACACACACAUAAAAUUUAUUGAUGUAAAGAUAAAAUCAAAUACUUGCAUUAAUUAUUAAGUGUAUGUUAUAAAGCCAGAAUUUGGUUUCUUGGGUAGCAAUUUUUUUUUAUAAAGAGGCAGGUGGUUGUUGUGUUCUAAGUUUAAUUACAUUGUCUUUAUGUAUCGUUUUAUAAUAUUCAGCAGGAAUAUGGACAUUGCAUUAACUGUUUUAAUGAAUUACUUGUGUGAUCGUUGUUAUUUAUGAUUUUAACAUGAUGGUAAAUUUUACAUUUUAUCUCUGUAUAGGGUAACAAAAGUAUCCCUGAAAAAAAAUUGGAGAUACCAUAGAACAACUAGUACCAAUUACAUUGUUCUAUAACUUCUUUCUUCAAGUACAAAUAUGCUAUUAUACAAACCAUUCCCUUCUGUUGGUUCAUUCAGGAAUGUGAUUUAUACUGGUAUUCAUUCAUUGUGUCUAAAACUAAAAGUAUUACAUGCUGUAUCUAGAAACCUAAAAUACAGUUAAUAAACAAUUUAAGUUAGGAUAACAGGUAGAGUUCUAUCUAAAUGUGAGAUUUAAUAUAUUUAGCCCCUGCUCAUAGUUAUCAUUAUUGAAAUAAGAAAGUUACUCUCAAUUUUAUAGAAUUUAUAUUUAUUAAUAAAAAAAUAUUUCUGUGGAAUAUUGAGUUUAAUGAAAUAUAGCUUUUGUUAAAACUCUGAAGUCUUUGUUAGUUUUGUUUCAUAUUAUAAUGAACUCCACCCGAGUCUAUUAAAAAAAAGCCACAUUCUAUAUUUCACAGUUUCAAAGUAUAAACAACUGCAGUAAAUUUUUUGUUCUUUCAAAGUUUGUAGUGCAUACUGGAGAGAUUUACACAUUUUGAUAAAAGUUUAGAAAAAAACUACCUUUACAUUCUAGAUAAAUAUAAAAGAAUAUAUUUUUAUUUCAACCAACAUUUUGCUUUUAUUAUUAACGCUGAUGAAGCCACAAAAGUGAAACGUUGGUUGAAAUAAAAAUGUUCUUUUAUGUUCAUCUGGAGUCUGAAGGUAAUUUUUUCUAAACUUUUAUCAAACUGCAGUAAAGUUACAAUAUGAGUCUUCAGAGACAUGCUCAUUUUUGUGUGUAAUUUUGGAAAUUUGUAAGUCUUUAGGUUAGGAACUUAUUAACUUGGUUCUACUGCCAUUAAUAAAAUUUUGAUUUGAAUGCUGCAGGUACCAUUUUUCAAAUUGGUAAUAUUAACUGAAAGAACACGCAAUAAAAUUAACUUACCAUUUCCUUUCUCCUUUUAAUGCAUUCACUAGAAAUAAUGUUUGGAGUCAUCUUCAGUCAAUAAUCAUUUUUACUUUGGUACGAUACACAACUGGUGCCUUUACUAAUUAAUAGACCAAGUCAUAUAUCAGCAAGGGGGAGGUCAUGUUAAAACUAGCAAAUAUUCUUGGGUUACAGUUAGGUAGACUAUUCAUGUAAAAAUAACAAUGUAAUUUGUUAUGAUUACUUAAUAGUUGUGAAGAUUGGUGAUAUUUCCAUGGAACUGUCAGUUUUCAUAUCUGUCAGAAUUGGUGAAAUUUCAUAGGAUUAUUCAUCUCAAAAUCUAUCAGAAUCAAUACAAUUGACAGUUGAUAUCUAUCAAAAUUGGAGAGAUUGUAUAAAAUUGUUGUGUUACUGAUUGAACUUCCAACUUCAUCAUAGAUGCAAGUCCUUCAGUGCUUGUUAUUGAUACCGAUGUUGUGUAGUACAUGGAUACCAUGUAGUAUCUGUUCUUGUUUGUCAGUUGUUUGUUGUUUUACUGUGUACUUGUAAUGUGGUCUUGAGAGUUUUACAGAUUUUAUUUAUAAAACUUACUGAUCAAGAGUGAAUUAUAAAAUAUCUGGUACUUCAGCAUAGUUCCAAAACCAUGUUUAAAUGUACAAUAGUAGGCUGUUUUUCUACCUUGUCUAACUUGAGAUUUGCAAUGUGCUGUUUUGGGGAUAUUCUGCAGUUCAUAUAAUUCUAUACAAGUACAGAAUGGCCAUUAUAUCUAGCAGUUUGUUUAUAGAUAAUUUCAUAUAGAUCAAAAUUCCUUUUAUAUUAAUAAAAUUAUUUUUAUCUUGUUUUGGUUGCAUAAAGAAUUACUGCUAUUAAAAGGGUGAAGAUCUGUUUAGUUGAGGAAUACAUAGAUAAAAGCUACUAAAUAUUGUAGGUGCAUGUUUUCCUUCAAUAAAAACUACUUGGAAAAUUGUAGCUUGGGUAUGUAGAGAACUAAGUAAACUCUCAAAUAAUUUUAACUACAACAAUUAAAGGUUACUUUUGAAUGUAAAUUGGAAACAUGCCUAUUAGCAGGUGUAAAAAAUAAAUGUAGACUUUUAAUCUUUCUUAAGAACAAAUGUACUGACUUUUUGUGAACUUCAUCAUUCACACUGAACGUGCUCGCCCUUUUAAAUGGGGCAUUAUAAUGUGAUGGUCAAUCCCACUAUUCAUUGGUAAAAGAGUAGCCCAAGAGUUGGCAGUGGCUGGUGUUGACUAGCUGCUUUCUCUCUAGUCUAUCACUGUAAAAUUGUACCCCAGUGGGACAGCGGUAUGUCUUCAGAUUUGCAACACUACAAUCAGGGAUUUGAUUUCCCUCAGUGGACACAGCAGA